AAAAAAAGGGAAAGGGAAAGGGAUUUCCAAGGCUCAAUGGAAAAGGUACAAAUUGCAAUUCCAGAAGUUCCUUUAGCUGCUUUUUGGGCCAUGGCUUCCUCUCGCCCUUCUUCUUUCCAAUUCUUUCCACAAGCUUCAAUUGCAUUGUAACAUUGUUCUUUCCUUCAUUCACUCACUCUCUCUUUCUAUCUGCUACUUGAGGGACACCGGCGUUUUCUUCCAUGGCAGCAUUAUUUGUUGAUUCAUCACACAUUUUACUUCUGUGCUGCUACAUCUCUCCAAACAACAAGACUCACACGAGAUUCAGUAAAUACAGCUCCAGUGAAGUUACCAGUUCUUCUUAUCCUUCUAGGGUUUCGUUUGAUUCGUUGUCGAGAAGGCGUCAACGACGAAUUUUGCUGUCUGUAAGCGGUCGCGAAAUUGCUGACGUUCGUGUCGCUGAUAAUAGCAACAAUGUUCAUCAUACACGAUCAGCAUUUGUUGAGAUACCUGUCACUUGCUACCAGAUUCUUGGUAUUCCCGAUAAAUCAGAGAAAGAUGAGAUUGUUAAGUCCAUGAAGCAUCUAAAACUUGCUGAGAUUGAAGAAGGAUACACCAUGGAUACUAUUGUUUCUCGCCAGAAUCUUUUAAUGGAUGUGCGUGAUAAGCUUCUUUUUGAAGCAGACUAUGCUGGUAAUGUAAGAGAAAAAGUUCCACCAAAGUCAUCUCUUCAAAUUCCAUGGUCCUGGUUGCCUGGUGCACUUUCCCUCUUACAAGAGGUUGGAGAAGAGAAGCUUGCUCUAGAUAUUGGGCGAACAGCACUACAACACCCUGAUUCUAAGCCUUUUGUUCAUGAUUUGCUUUUAUCAAUGGCUCUUGCAGAGUGUGCUAUAGCAAAAGUAAACUUUGAAAAGAACAAGAUUUCCCAAGGAUUUGAAGCUUUAGCUCGUGCUCAGUCUCUUCUCAAAAGCAAACCUUCACUUGAGCAGAUGACAUUGUUAUCUCAGAUUGAAGAAUCUUUGGAAGAGCUUGCUCCUGCAUGCACAUUGGAGUUAUUAGGCAUGCCUCAUACACAAGAAAAUGCUGAGAGGAGAGUAGGGGCAAUUGCAGCCUUAAGGGAACUGUUAAGACAGGGACUGGAUGUGGAAAGUCAAUGCCAAAUAGAAGAUUGGUCAACCUUCUUGAAUCAAGCUUUAAAUAAGCUCAUGGCUGCAGAAAUAGUUGAGCUUCUUACUUGGGAUAGUUUAGCUAAUACGCGAAAGAACAAGAAGUCACUCGAGUCACAGAAUCAAAGAGUAGUAGUUGAUGCAAAUUGCCUCUAUACUGUAAUGAUGGCCCAUAUUGCCCUUGGUUUUUCAAGCAAGCAAAUAGAGAUGAUUAAGAAAGCAAAAAGCAUUCUUGAGUGUUUCGUGGCAUCAGAAGGAAUUGCUUUAAAACUUGAAGAAGCCUUUUGCUUGUUUCUACUAGGAGAGGGCGAUGAGGCUGUGGUUAUUGAAAGGCUUCAACAAGUUGAGACAAAUUUAAAUUCAACUUCAAGAACUUUGUUAUCACGGAUGGACAUCAAGGAUGCUUCAAAUGCCAAGAAGUUGCUUGAAUCAUGGGUAAAGGAUGCUUUACUUGGCUUGUUUCCAGACACAAGGGAUUGUUCUCCAUCUUUGGAUAACUUUUUUGUUGGUGAAAAGAAGGUUUCUGAAAACAAGAAUAGAAAAAGAGCACCACAAACAUCACCAAGUUUAAACCAGAGACCACUUUCUUCUACUUUUUCAUCUGAUUGGAGAACUAUUGAAGAUCAUUCAUCUUCACCACGUCUUGGGUCAACUGUGAAACAGUUGACUCCAUCAAAUCUACAAAGCCCACUAAUAGCAAACAAUUUGAAACCCGAAAGCUAUCCAUCUGUUCAAUUAAAGAGAAAUUUAGGAGUACACUAUGAUAAAGUUUGGGAAAUUUGGUUGGAUCCAAAUAACACAAUUAGGUAUAUGAGCUUUGCCACAGCAAUGUUUUGCUUAUUAUUUGCAACCAUGGGUGUGCGGUUUCGUGGGCCCAGGAGGGUAUCUAGUUGGGCCCUCAGUGGGCCCAACACGGGAUCACUUACAGAGUCUUCUCAUGGUCUUUGGGGAUCUGCUUGUGAUAAGGGGAAUCUUAUUGCUAAAAUGGUGAUGUCAUUGUGGUCAACGCAAAAGGAAAAAGUCAAGGGUGGAAUCGAAGGUGGAGGUGUAAAAGAUUCUAGCAUGGGUGCGAGUUUAAAUUCAUGUAAAAAGAGAUCAAUGCGUGUGGAAGAAGCUGAAAGUCUUGUUAAACAAUGGCAAACUGUUAAAGCUGAAGCUCUUGGGCCUAAUCAUCAACUUCAUAAUCUUGUUGAUGUUCUUGAUGAGUCGAUGCUUCUUCAGUGGAAGGGUUUAGCUGAGUCAGCAAAAGACAGGUGUUGCUUUUGGAGAUUUGUUUUGCUGCAGUUGACUAUUCUUCAAGCAGACAUUUUGUCAGAUGAAACAGGUAAGGAAAUGGCAGAAAUAGAGGCUCUUGUUGAAGAAGCAGCUGAACUUGUGGACUCAUCUCAUAAGAAGAACCCAAAUUAUUAUAGUACCUACACGAUUCGAUAUUUACUGAAGAAACAAGAAGAUGGAUCAUGGAAAUUCUGUGAAGGUGAUGUUGAAAUCCAAUCAUGAUCAUACAUACUCAUUGUCUGGAGCUCUUACAAGUUUUUUCAUAUCUUUGUUCCUUUUUUAUAACCUUGAUAGAACAUUGUUGUGGGUUUAGUUUAACUGUUUCAGAAAUGUAC